GUUGUUAGCCUUGGUUUGCUAAGCCUCAUAUUUUGAUGUUAACAAACAAUAUAAGAGCUUGACGUUUGUUUAAGUGUUUCAGGUACAACAAGAAUCCAUUAAGAUUCGGUACUCAAGAAUGAAGUUAAAACACCAAACUAGCGUAGAAUAUAGGUAGAAACCAAUAGACAAAGAUGAAUGGGCCGAUUCGCCAAGACUGGGAGCCAGUAGUUAUCCGCAAGAAGGCGCCAACAGCCGCUGCUAACAAGGAUAAAAAUACCGUCAACCUUGCCCGUCGCGUAGGCGCCAAGGUCGAAACCGUAAAAAAGUCUACUGCUGGUACAAACAAGACUGCCUCAAGUAGCACAACUCUGAACACAAGGAAGCUUGAUGAAGAAACAGAGAAUCUGACUCACGAAGCAGGAAUGGUUCCUAAUCAUAAGAUAGAUACUCAAUAUGAAGCCUUGAUCAUUUCAACAGAAGCUGCCAAAAAUCAGGAUCAUUUAACUGCUUUCCUGAGGUCACUCUUGAAGUCAAUGAUCAGUCAUGUUGAUGCUGGGGCUUUCAUUGAGCAAAUUGAUGUGUUGCAUGCCAAUAACGAACCAAUAGGUGAAUUUCCUCAAGCUAAUGCUCUUAAGUUUUUAUACAUCUAUCUGGGUGUUAUGUAUUACUGACCUUAUGGCCUUACAAUGCAAGAUCUGAAGACCAUAAACCAAAAAGUUGAUUCAGGGCAAUAUUAUGUCACUGUUGAAAUGUUUGUAUCUGAUGUCAAGAGGAUGGUUGCCAAUGCACGCGUUUUACAUGGUCCCGAUUCAAUGCAUUGUCGUUGUGCAGACAGGCAUGAUCAUUUCUCUUCUUGGGGGGGGGGGGGGGNGCCUUAUUGCAAAUAAGCAAUUUUUAACUUAUAAGAUGCUUAAAUUUAAAUAUUUUUUAGCUGAAAUAAAAUGACUUAAACGAU